CAUUACUCAGUUGGCCUCCAGUCACAUUUGCUUAAAUAUGUAGUCAUAGCUGUAAGAUUCAAUAAUCCAAUAAAGACAUUAAAUUUUGUUUUUCAGGCUGAAAGGACAAGGAGGAAUAAAGUGGCCAAAAUUCUUGAUGUCGUUCCCAGAAGAGGACCCAAGGCAUUUGAGCACUUUUAUUAUGCUCUCAUUGUGACAGGACAAGGGCACCUUGCAGACUUAAUAUGGCCAGAGCGUGUUACACAAACACAUGCUGAAACUGCAAGCCGCAAAUUUGUGAUAACACAUGAACAGGCAUCUACGAACCAAGAUGAUGAAGACGAUGAUAACCUCCCUGAAAAAUUUCCAACCCCUGACAUAGCAGACACAACUGUGAUAGAAAACCUGAAAGACGUACAGGAUCCUAAAUUGCGGGCCUUGCUGACUAACCCUAAAGAGGAUACCUAUCAAAACUUCUCAAAGCCCAAGGGGAGAGCUGUGAUCAUCAACAAUGUGUUGUUUGGUGGCGAUAAGGAUAGGAAAGGCUCUGAGAAGGAUGCCACACAACUACAGCGACUGUUUGAGAAAUUGAAUUAUAAAGUUGUUACUCACUCUGACUUGACUGCUGAGAAAAUGCUGGUAACCUUGAAGGAGGAGUCAAAACUCUCCGACCAUGAAGCGUACCAUUCCUUUGUCCUGAUCAUCCUCAGUCAUGGAGCCAAGGGUGUUGUUUAUGGAACAGACUGGAAUGAGUUGUCCCUUCCUGUUAUAAUAGAACUUUUCAAUGGGACGAACUGCCCAUUCCUUGUGAACAAACCAAAAUUGUUCUUUAUUCAGGCUUGUCAAGGAGAAAAUGCUGACCCAAGUUCAGAGGACACAAAGGCAGAUGGUGACUUUUUUGGUUACUUAAAUAAUCUAGAACUAGCAAGGAGAGAAGAACAAACUGACGGCAGUGGUGUGUCUGUUCGAGCAAGAGCCGACAUACUGGUUGCCAUGGCAACCGUACCAAAUUAUGUUUCCUGGCACAAGGAGUCCUUGGGCACGUGGUUUAUCAUAGCCCUUGUUUAUAUAAUCAGCAGAUUUGCCCACAAAUAUGAAAUUUGUAAACUACUCACCAAGGUAAACCACUUAGUAAGCAAGGCAGAGACCAAGGACAAAUGUAAUCAAGUUGCACGCUUCAGCACUUCUCUCCGAAAAGAUUUCUAUUUCUUCCCUGGUUUACAUCAAAGCUAA